AUGGCUACAAAUAAACCUUCAAAUUACGAGGAUGAUCAGGUUUUGGUGGAAGGAAACUCUCAUGUGAGGACAGUGAUACUAAAUAGGCCCCUAAAAUUCAACGCCCUCAACUAUCAAAUGGUUUUACAAUUGUCCGAGGAGUUCCAGAAGUUGGAAAAUGAUCCUGCUGUUAAGUUGGUAAUCGUAAAGGCAAAUGGAAAAGUAUUUUGUGCUGGAGGAGAUGUUAUUGAAUACUAUCGUUGCUCGCUCACAGGUGAAUGGGCACUAGCAACUCAAAUUUAUCAAAAGCAACUCACCUUGGACUAUCUAGUGGCAACAUACACUAUGCCCCUGGUUUUCCUGAUCAAUGGGGCAGUGAUGGGCGGUGGUGCUGGACUUUCUAUGAAUGCAAGAUACCGAGUCGUUACCGAAAACACGGUUUUUGCAAUGCCAGAAGCAGCUAUAGGCUAUUAUCCGGAUGUUGGAGCAUCUUAUUUUCUUUCUAAGCUUCCCGGCUUCUUAGGGGAAUAUCUUGGCCUUACUGGUGCAAGACUGAAUGGUGCUGAGAUGGUAGCAUGUGGACUUGCCACUCACUUUGUUCGUUCAAAAGUAUUCUAUCUUGUUUUUUCAAAAAAGAAUAUGCUAGUUUGUUUAUUUUCCUUAAACAAAAAUCAGAAUCUAUUUUGAACAUCAUUGUCCUUACACUAUUAUUUCUAACCAAUGAAUAGAAUUUAAUUUUGUUGGAGAAAUCAUUAUAUGAGGUGGAUGUUGUUGAACCAAAUACAAUCCAGGGAAUUAUUAGCAAAUAUACUCAGCCACUGCUAUUGAAAGAAGACAGUGUUCUUCAUAGGCUCGACGUUAUCAACCACUUUUUCUCAAAACAAACAGUAGAA